UGCUCUCAUCAACUGUACCAGGGGCCUAUACUCUCAAAGCUUUGUGUCCGUGGUAUGAGGCGUCUUAUGUUCAUUUUAGAUGGUUAUUCCAGUUCCGUCACUCCCUCUCUCCAGUUGCAUGUUUUCCCCUGGUCAUCUGACCCCUCCUAUUAGCUGUGUCCAGUUGAGUGAGUCCAAGACCUUUGUCUACACAUGUGACCAAUGGGAAAGGAGUGGAACGUUUGUAUUCACACUACACAAGUCAUUAAUAUGUCAAUAAGAAAAACUGAGUCAAUCUCUAAUAUAUGACAGCCGUUACACUACAUUACAGGUCAUUUUUCUGCUAUCAUUUCAUGUCAUAGUUCUUUGAAGGAUAUUUCCAUUGAUUUCAGCACAUAGCAUUUAUGGGUUCAAGAGUUUGUGUAAUUAGGUUUCCCUGUGAUUAUAUAACCCUUGCACUGUUGUGCAUCUCAUAACAUCUUGAACAAAUCAAUGAGCACCAUAGCUAUUUAUAAACUCACAGAUGAAACGCUAUGAGGAUCCCCUGGAGAAGUCAGUUCUAGAGAAUAGAAUAUCAAGUAGAAAAUAUAUUUUUAAUUCCUUCAUGUUGACAGAAAAUGUUUCCCUCUACAUAGUAGCAUUGAAAUGACAUCACUCCAGCUGUGGCCCCUCCUCCUCCUCCUCCUCCCUGUUCUACUGGUCAACUUCUCCAGCCAAUUAGACGACAACAAGAUCCCGCCCAGUUUGUGUACGGGACACCCAGGUAUCCCAGGUACUCCUGGAGUGCACGGCAGUGCUGGCCAACCAGGAAGAGAUGGGAGGGACGGGCGUGAUUCUGUCCCUGGGGAGAAGGGAGAGAAGGGAGACAGGGGAGAGACAGGCGAGUCAGGCUUUAGGGGCCUCACUGGAGAUCAGGGGAACCCUGGAGAUAAAGGAGACAGGGGGCAGUCGGGGGAGUGCGCCAUCGCUCCCAAAUCAGCCUUCAGCGCCAAGUUGUCCGAGGGCCGCACCAUGCCCGUGGCGGCAGAAGACGCUGUGCGCUUUGACAAGGUAACACUAAACGAGCAGGGCGACUUCAACGCGGAAACAGGACGCUUCACCUGCAAAGUGCCCGGCGUCUACUACUUUGCGGUCCACGCCACCGUCUACCGGGCCAGCCUGCAGUUUGACCUGAUGAAGAACGGUCACACAAUGGCGUCCUAUUUCCAGUUCUAUGGGAACUGGCCCAAGCCAGCGUCUUUGUCCGGGGGCUCGCUGCUGCACCUCAUCCCGGGUGACCAGGUGUGGGUGCAGAUGGCGUUGGGAGAGUACAGUGGUUUCUACUCCAGCUCUAAGACUGACAGCACUUUCACUGGCUUCCUGGUGUACUCAGACUGGAAAAACUCUGCUGUCUUCGCCAAGGGCGAAGUGGUAUAGACAUUGCGGGGACCAAAUCUGGUGUUGUGGCUGGGGAUUGUCCUCCCCCAGAAAAUAUUUGAAAAUGUUAAACUAAUUUACUGGCAUUCUACAUGAUUCAUGGCCUCUCUAGAAGGUUAUUAGAAAACUCUGGUCUUUGCAUAAACACAUUAAGCAAGGUUACAGAAAUAGCAGUAGGCUAUGGCACAUACCAUACUGAUGAGUUGUGAUGAUGAAUCAGGUGAACUGUAGUGCUUUCAGCUGUGCUUCAGGUUAGCCAUUUGACUGCUGCUGUGCAAUGGUGAAUCGUUUUAACAGACUUUCUGACGGUGGCCCUACAUGUAUCAUUGUUUUUUUGCCUUUACAAACAAGGAUGGCAUAUGGGGUUUAAAUGAGACAUGUUGGCUCCUGCAGUUGGCAGGAAUUGUGAACAUAAGAAGGUUAUAAGUCCUGUUGUGGUGGAGGUGUAUAGAGGAUUCAAUAAGGCAUCAUACAUGUGUGUGAGCAAUUUAGGGCUUCCAACUGUGACAUCACUGACUGAUGUCAUGAAACUUAGCCAGUACUUUGUGCAAAAAAAUGAAUUUUAAAGAAUUCAAAAACUAAAGCCCUAAAAUACUUUUCACAAUCUUUUAACUUAUGUCUGUGCAACCUUCACUUAUGUCACCAAUAAAAAUGUUAACUUUCA